AUGCUUCUGGAUUUAGAACUCCAGCAUUAGUUUAAUGUCCUUUUUGUAAUUAACAUUCAGUUACAACUAUUACUUAUAAACCAGGUAAUGAUACAUAUUGGAUUGCUGUAUUAUUAUGUAUUUUCUUUGGUUGUUUAUGUUUAAUACCUUUAUUAUCUGGUGAUUGUAAAGAUGUUUAUCAUCAAUGUAGUUAUUGUGGAAAAGUUGUUGGACAUACACCUUAUAAAGCAUGUUCAUGA